CCACGACGUGUACCUUGCGCUGCUUAUAAAGGCUAAAAACGUCCAUACGUGAUGCGGUGAUAGCAGUGAUGUGGUGCGCUUCGUCAUACCCUCAUCGCGAACGAGAAAUAAGUCUGGCACAACGGCUCCUUGGACCUUUUCGAUCGCAGCAGGUAGCGUAAAACGUUGAAGCAACCCCCCCUCCCCUGCGCCUUCAAUUCUUGUGCGCGCGCUUCUUACUGAGAAGAGGAAGAUGAGCUUCGUGUUGCUCGUAAUUGCUGUGCGACAAUUAUUCAUGCACUCUCUCAACGUUGGCAGUAUUGUAUUUUAAUAUUGCUCGUAAACCGUACUCGUUUUUGAAGGAAGCCCACUAGCUCAAUUGACAAUUUUGUUAACUGGAUUUUGAAGGCACACUACAGCCAACGCCGGCCUUCUUCAGUGACGUCGAAGACGAAAAAGAAAGGGGGGCCACCGAAAUUUUGCCACGCCGCCAGCUUUGAAAAAGAAGACCAGAAGGAAGAUCUCGUCUCAUCCAUCCUCAGAGAAGGCGAGAUGCAGCUUGCUCUUCUGCUACUGUUGUUGCCGCUGGUACUGGGGUCCGAGCCAUUCUACGGGCACAGAUCGUUGCUCAGACACGUCGUAGUCAUCCUUCGCCACACCGACCGCGCGCCUCUCGUGACCUUCCCGGGCGACCCGAACAAGUCCCACCGCUGGCCCUUGGGCUUCGGACGCCUGACUUCGAGAGGCCGCGCCAAUGCCAGCGCCCUGGGCAGGUGGCUGCGUUCUCGCUACGCCGAGUUCCUCAGCGACGACCCCCGCGAGGUGUACGCUCGCAGCAGCCCCGUUCCGAGGUGCUACGAGACCGCCGCGCUGGUGCUGUACGGCCUCUACCCGGCCAACAGGGAGCAGAAGGAGUGGCAGCCCGACCAACCGUGGCAGCCCGUCCCCAUCACGCGAGUUCCCCACGGCGCCGACAAGUACUCGACCGUAUGCAUGCCGCGAGUUCGGGCGGCCUUGCGGUCGGUCGUCGCUCUUCCCGAACCUGCCUACCUGGUCGACAACGCGACGUCGAGCAAGCCCUUAUUCGGAACGCUCGGCGCGGUCGAGGGGUUCGUCGCCCGGAUGACCAAUCUCAGCCACAAGGAGUCGUCCUCUCGCCGCGUCAUCACCGUCAACAAGAUUGUGGACUCGAUGUCUGUGGCGAAGGAGUACGGGUUGCCCGUGCCCACAUGGGCGUCCAGGUAUUGGCGCCAUCUGCAGUGGACCGCAGAGACGUCGCUGGAAGCGCUGUCGCGCUCUCAGAUGGACCACAUGGGGGGAGCCCUGCUCCGCGAUUCCUUGGCCAAGGUCGCAGCCACCGGCGAAACGCCGUCAUCGACCUCCCUCUUACGCUGUGACCCCGACGCGUGUGACGAGCCCAAGAUGACGCUGGCAGCCUACCACGACGUCAACGUCGCGGGUAUCUUGCUUGGCUUGAACGGAACACUCGGAAAUAGGCCUCCAUACGGUGCGACGAUACUUGUAGAGGUGUUCACCUUAACUUCGACGGUGAUGCCCGACCUAUACGUGCAAGUUCUCUAUAAGGCCGGCCAUACUGUUUCCACCUUAGCCUUGCAAGGGUGCGACGAGCCUUGUUCACUACAGAGCUUCCGUGAAUUAUUGGAGCGCAAAUUUAAACCAGUGUCGAGAACUGAGUGUGGAUGGAGUGAUCACCAACCUCUCCUGUGAAAAAAUAUUCCCUUCAUAGUGUGCAGCGCUGAUAGAAAUAAACAGCAGCUACACGAAAGAUGUAAAGAAAGUGUGUGUUAUGCUUAGCCACAUCUAAAGUGCAGGCGUCUGUUUUUAUUAUUCUUAAACGAGGUCUUAUUCAGCGUUGUGUAUUCUAUAACAUUCUUAUUGAAAUUUGAAUGCAAAUAUUAAAUAUCCUUUGAUUACGGG